CGAUGACCUCAGCGGUCUUUUCCAACCUAAUCGAUCCUGUAAUCCAGGCCGGGGUCAGGCUUGGGCCGCGCCGCCAACCGCGGUGCCGCGGAGCUCCGCCCGCCCGGCCCGCUCCGCCCCGAGCCCUCAGCGAUGGCGGCCCGGCUGUGCCGGCUGCGGGGCCCCCUCAGGGCCGCCUUCAGCAGCGCCGCGGCCGCGGGAGCCGGGCAGGCCCCGCCGGCGGCGCCGCUGACGGAGCGGCGGCAGGCGGGGGGCGUGCGCACCAUCGUCCUGAACAACCCGCGGCGGCGGAACGCGCUGUCGCUGCCCAUGCUGCAGAGCCUGCGGCGGGACCUGCUGCACGACAUCAAGAGCCGGGAGCUCCGCGUCAUCGUCAUCGCGGCUGAAGGACCUGUAUUUUGUUCUGGCCAUGAUUUAAAGGAACUGUCAAGUGAAGAUGAUGUGAAACAUCAUUCCCAAGUAUUUGAAUUAUGUGCAGAGGUUAUGACUUUAAUCCAGAAACUUCCAGUGCCAGUGAUAGCCAAAGUAAACGGCUUGGCUACAGCAGCCGGCUGCCAGCUUGUGGCAAGCUGUGACAUCGCAGUGGCAAGUGAGAAAUCUCAGUUUGCUACUCCUGGGGUAAACAUUGGGCUGUUCUGCUCCACACCAGGUGUGGCCUUGGGCAGAUCUCUUCCAAGAAAGGUGGCGCUGGAGAUGCUUUUCACGGGUGAACCUCUCUCUGCCCAUGAAGCGUUAAUGCACGGGCUUGUCAGCAAGGUGGUACCAGAAGACAAGCUGGAAGAAGAGACCAUGAAAAUAUCUCAGAAGAUAUGUGACAGCAGCAAAUCUGUCCUGGCCUUGGGGAAAGCCACCUUUUACAGGCAGAUAACCCAGGACCUUGACACUGCUUACAAAAUAACUACUAAGGUCAUGGUAGAUAAUUUGACUUUGAGAGAUGGGCAGGAAGGCAUUGAAGCCUUUGUUCAGAAGCGUAAGCCUGUCUGGACACACUCUCAGGAGGAGAAGAAAUGAGUCCUGUCUCUAAACAAAUCUUAGCUGUGCCUUAUGAUUCUUCACACAGUUGCCUUUGGGAACUAUAUUUUUAUUCUUACUGAAAGUUAAAUUUCUCUUCUUACAAAUGCCAGACACAGUAAAUUUACUCUAAGUAUGUAAUAAAUGUUAAGAAAAAUCAAAGAAAAAGAAAGAAAAAUGUGUUUUCCUAGUAGUGAAUUUAAUCUGUGGUUUUAGAAGUAACUCUGUGCUGCAAAAAUCAGUUUAACGUGUCUCUGGUUAGGCAGGGGAGUCACAGGGGCUGAGAGAGAACUCAGAUCACCUUGUUCAGAACCUCUCCUCAAUAAAUCUGGAUGAGAAUUGCUAUUUAUUGUUAUUAGUAGAGAGUUGAAGGGCUUGGACACAUUCCAGAGAUGGUGAUAGUACAUAUAAUAAUGGAUUCCAGGAGGGUUUAAGUGUUACAGACAGAAGCCUGCAACACAGUUGCUCCUCAUACCUUCCUGUGAACUGUAUGUGUCAGCAGUGUGUUCCCUACAAAUCCUGAUUUUCCACCAUCAGUUCAAGCACUUGUCCCAGCUCUAGGGAGUUUUGUUGACUCCAGGGAGGAUGAGCAUGGGUUGGGGUAAAGGCAGUGUCUUGCCCCAGCUGUACUUUUCAGGCUGGUCUGUUAGUUGGGAAAUUCAUCCUUGUGCUCAAAGCUAGGCUUUUACCAGCACUGCAGCAGUUCAGCCAUGGAUUUAAAGACUUGAUAACUUCCAGAAAAAAUGGGUUCAGCUGCUCCCCUGGGUAAUCAGUUGCAACCCUCCAGGUGAAAUUUUUAUCCAUGUCCAGUCUGAGCUUUGAAGCAGCAUUUUCUGGCCAUUUCCCUUUGUUACAUCAUUUGGCAUUAUUGAGAAAGUUUAGCUCCAUUAUCUGUGUAACUCUCUUCAAGCAGUCACAGGCUGCAUGUAGACCACACUUAGAUUUCUCUGUGCCAGACCGACAGAUCCUGGUUCCUCCACCUUCCCUCUAGGUCAUAUUGUCUAGGUAACCAGUUUGGCAUCCCUCCAGUGGACCAGUUCUACUUUCUCCACAUCCCUUUUGUGCUGGUUGUGCCAAAACUGGGCUGUAUCCUAAAUAUGGUCUCACCACAUUUGAGCAGCAAAGAGCAAAAUAGGCCCUCCAUGUGCUGGUCUGUGAGUAGUGCUCAGUGUGUGUUUUGUCUGCUCUGUGAUGAGAGUGCACUGCUGGCUUGGAUUCAGCCAGGCAUCCCCUGUGAGCCCAUUUCCAGCAGGACUGUGCCCUGCCAGUCUAUUCCUCACCUGUACUGGUAUCCUGUACUGGUUAUUCUUCCCAGGUGAAGAAACUUGUAUUUCUCCUUGGAUCAUGGUUUGGCUUGAAGCCAGGCCAUUUGGGGUGCCAACCAUUGCCCCAGUUUUGCAGAAUUUGCAGAUAUGCUGAGGAUAUGUUAUUGGUAGCAGUACUGGAUGAAAGGAGCCUUGGUAUCACUCUAUGGUGAUCAGUAUGGGAUGACCUCCCAGCCAACACAUUUUUUCAGAAGUUCUGCAUAGCCAAAUCAUGAGGGCUUGUCCAUCUCAUCCUUCAAUAGACAUCUAAGCAAGACCACGUGAAUCACAGUAUGGAUGGGCCUUUUUCCUUUGUUAACAGUAGAAGCAGCCUAAAGGGCUUGGUGCAGACUUGGAUGUUGCAAUUUAGAUCAAAUUAAUCCUACCUAUGGCUACUGAAACUCCAUGUGUGGAAAUAUCAAUUAUACAGCUCUACAAAGCAAGUCCCUUUGCCAUCUACAGGUUCAAAAGAACAAAAUUUUCAUUUCUGCUGCAAGUUUUAAUUUUAAGAAUGGAAACUUUAAUUCAACACUAAACUGUUUCACGUUAAAUGUGAAAAGUAUGCACCACUGGCACUAGCUGUUUUAAAAAUAUAAUUUUUUAUUGUUACCAGCAGGAAAGAUGGGUAAGUUUUUUACAAAUGCACUUAGGUUAUAUAGGUUAGAAACUGUUAUGAGCCAGUGUGAGAUGGAAGAGUUAAAUCUGGAGCCCAAUAACCUUCAUUAUGUCCUUUCCAAUACAGUAAGAUGCACUUAGACUCUGUUCCCACAAGCUGCUCUAAAAGCAUUAGGAAAGAGUAAAUUGUUUUAAAAAAUAUUUAUAUUUAAUGGCUAUCUUGCAACUACUCAGCAAAUCUCAACUGGCUCUUUUGUUCCAGGCUUUUAGAAAUAAGUACAUUAUCUGAUUUUUGCAGAACAGUGCCCUUUCCAGCUAACUGCAGUAAUAAAAUUGUUUCACUGACCAUCUUAAAGCAUGAGUGACAGUUUAGAUAAGCACGGUUUUUCAGAUAUUCAGAAAUUCUUCUGUAGUUCAUUGCCAUCUAUACAAGAUAGGGUUUGGCGUUAUUAACUCCAUUCACAUCUUGAAGAGAAAAUAUAUUUUUGUUUUAACUCA